AUGACAGGCGACCUACCCAACGGCACCGCCGCCCCAAGCCACCAGGAAGGAGGCUUCCCGCACGUCGUGCUCGACACCACGCUCCACGACUUAUACGCCGCGGAGUAUCCAGACCACAACGGCGAAGUGCCCGAAACGCUCUGCCACUUCAAACCCAACGCCGACCGGCGCUACAAGGAAAUCCCGCUGAACAACAAGUUCCUCAUCACGUCGAGCAACGUAGCCUCCGGCAGCGACCUGGCGCACCUGCAGUUGGAGAAUGUGAGUAAUCUGCUCAUGUUCCCCGUUGGGCGGGGGAAGGUGGCGUACGUGGCUUCGGAGGGGAUUAGUGACGAUCCGUCGUUGAGUCGCGAGAGUGUGGAUGCUGCGGCGAAGCGGGGGUUUAUGAUUCUGCCGGAGAAUCAGAGGCCGGUUAUUACAACACACGCCAAUCAGGAGGAUUUCGUGGCGAACCACGACGGCUCUCCCAUCCGCUGGGGCUUCUCCGUCGAUUUCGCGGAGAGGUUGCCGGCUCUCCUGCCGCCGGAGAAGGUGUUUGAGAUCAAUAGUAAGCGCUGGCUGGCCGAGUGCGAUCUCCGAAGCGCGAAUGACAAAAUAAUCGACUGCGAAUGCGUUUGCGACCACCAUACAACCAAAGCGGGCAAAUGGUACUAUGGCGCGGGCGACUGCACCGCAUGCAAAGAGACCGUGUCGGGCGAGAUCGCGCGCGUACUCAGAGUCCUCGAAGAGACGCCGGUGCCGUAUGUGUUGAAACUGACGCAGUCGCUGGGCUCCGUAGGCACACACAUCGUGCAGAAUGAGGAGGAUCGGAAGAAGGUCAUGGAGUACAUGAGCACCGACAAUCUCCCCGCCUACCUGCCUCGCAUCUCCGAGGGAAACGCGCAUAUCUGGCCGACGGCGCUCGUUGUUUCGGAAUUCAUCAAAGGCGACACGAUGGCGCUCAACUUUUUCGUCAAAAAGGAUGGCAGUCCGAUUUUUGUUUGCGCGUGUCAGCAAUUGACCACCCGUACGUCGGACUCCGGAAGGCAGUCCACGGGCAUCAUCUUCGACGAACAGGAAGAGAUGGAGAAGAAGUAUUAUGACACCCUCUGCGAAAUUGGUAAAGCCCUGAGGAAAGAGGGCUAUUUCGGCCAGGUCGGCGCGGAUAUCAUGGAAGAUCCCGACGAUGGAACUCAGUAUGUGAUUGAUCUGAACGUCAGAACGCCAACAAGUUACACCCUCGGGUUGAUCAAGGGGCAUUGCAAGAAGCGUGGCUUUGGCGUCGGCAUAAUAUAUGAGUGCGUCAUCUUGAAGGUCUCGCGGGACGACUUCGAGAAGCAGUUCCAUCAAGAAUUCCAGGAAGGCAGGAUAAUCCUGCUCGGCUGCACGCGGCUAGGGACCAAGAACGCGUGGGCGUAUCCUACAAUCUUGGUCGGUGAAGCCAAGGAGGACAUCGACAAGCUGAGCGAGCGGAUAAUGAAGCUCGAGGUUGGCGGGGAGGAGUCAGAGGCCGGCGCUGGUUAG